UUUUAAUUCUGUAGCUAGAAAUGGCCACUCAUUAUAGAUUAGAUGAAUAGCAUCAUUUGCUCUCAACUCAUAAAACAAAGUUCCAAUUACCAAAAGGACACUUCUUGUUUACAUCUGAAAGUGUUAGUGCUGGUCAUCCUGAUAAGUUAUGUGAUUUCAUAAGUGACAGCAUUCUUGACGCAUGUUUAGAAUAAGAUCCAAAUUCUAAGGUAGCAUGUGAAUCAGCAUGCAAAAACUCUCUUGUUAUGGUAUUUGGUGAGAUAACAACAAAUGCUUAAGUACCUUAUGAGACAAUAGUGAGAGAAGCAAUUAAGAAUGUCGGUUAUGAUAACAUAAGUAAUCAAAUUGAUGAUAAUAUAUAGAUAAGGGAUUGGACUACAAGAAUGCAUCAAUAAUAGUAUCUUUAGAUUAGUAAUCAAGAGAAAUCAAUUAAGCUGUAGUAGGAGCAAAACAUGAAGAUGAGAUUGGAGCUGGAGAUUAAGGAUUGAUGAUUGGAUAUGCAUCAGAUGAGACUCCUGAAUUAAUGCCUUUAACUCACCAUUUAUGCAAUAAACUAAUUGAAAGAGUUUAAGAAUGUAGAGUAAAGGAAAUAUGUCCAUGGAUGAGACCAGAUGCAAAAGUUUAAGUUACUGUUGAAUAUAAAAGAGAUGGUGCAACAUUCUUCCCAGUAAGAAUCCAUAACGUAUUAAUUUCUUAAUAACAUGAUGAGAAAAUUACACAUAUUGAAAUAUAAGCUGAAUUACAUCAACAUGUUUUAAAGUAUAAAAUAAUUAUAUAAUAAAUAGACAUGUAUUACCAUAAUAAUAUGUUGAUGAGCAUACUCAAUAUCAUUUAAAUCCAUCUAAAGCAUUUACUGUAGGUGGACCAUAUGGAGAUGCAGGAUUAACUGGUCGUAAAAUUAUUGUUGAUACUUAUGGUGGAUGGGGUGGCCAUGGUGGUGGUGCAUUCUCAGGAAAAGAUCCUACUAAAGUUGAUAGAAGUGCUGCUUAUGCUGCUAGAUGGGUUGCUAAAUCACUUGUUGCAUCCAAAUUAUGCAAAAGAGUUAUGAUCUAAGUUGCUUAUGGAAUUGGUAUAAGUGAACCAUUAUCUAUCUCUGUUAAUUCAUAUGGAACACAUGUCGAAGGAUAUGAUGAUGAUGAUCUAUCUGAAAUUGUCUAAGAAAAUUUUGAUCUUAGACCUGGAGUUAUUAUCAGAGAACUUAAAUUGAGAAGACCUAUCUAUGCUAAAACUGCUUCAGGAGGGCAUUUUGGAAGAUCUGAAAAUGAAUUCUUAUGGGAAAAACCUAAAAUUAUUGACAUUGCUGCAUGGAAAUCUAAUAAAGAAUAACAAUAAUAAAAAUGAAUAGAUUUGAAUUAUUUAAUAAACAAUAAAUAAACAAGUAAUC